CAUCAACGAACGUCAAGUCCGUCAAGUGUCACUCAGUCACAGUGUUUUUUGUUUUUUAUGCAUCUGCAUCUGCAAUUCUGUGCAAAAUGACUAAAAAAUGCUAAAUAAGUUAAAUGAAAAAUCAGAAAACAGAUCAGUGGAAUUGACUUGCCGAUUAUGCUUGACAGAGAGGAAACACUCUCAGCCUCUGUUCGUAGAACAACUCCUGGUUGAAUGGAUUCGUGGCUUAACUUCGCUGAAGAUUGAACACAUACAGAAUGCACCUGCAUCACUGUGCUUGGAAUGUAAAACAUCUCUUGAAAGUUUUGAGUCUUUCAGAGCAAUGUGCUUGUCCAACGACAACAUAUUUCAUGACACGUACGUUCAAACGACUAUUCAGAAUGAAAUGGUUGAAAUUUUGCAUAUUGAAGAAGAGCCAGAUGAAGCAUCUCAAGAUCAUGAAGCCUUGAAUAUGAAAAUUGUCGAGGUCCAAGAUGAAAUUCUUAACAACUCACAUGACAUGGUCGUUGAAAUAGAGGAAAAUGAAGCGAUAAUUGAUGAGCCAGAUGCGUAUGAAGUAUUGUAUUUAGAUACAGCUAGUGGGUCUCCGCUCCGCCGAAGUCACGGCGCAUUAGAAGAAAAUUUAUCAUCUCAAGCAGAACAAAAACCGGGAGAAACAAAUGGAAAAAAGUUUUGCGAAAUAUGCAACAAAUACGUGAAUAGACUAACCCAGCAUCAGCUCAUUCACAAGGAGGUCCGCCCGUUCCAGUGCACCUACUGCUCCAAGGGUUUCAAUCAGCUGUGCAAUCUCAAGAAGCACGUCAGAAUCCACACGAAGGAGAAGCCCUAUCUCUGCAGUGAGUGCGAUAAGGGAUUUACAAAUUCGACCGAGCUGAAAAUUCACAUGCGAAUCCAUACGCAGGAGAGACCAUUUGAGUGCACUGAGUGUGGCAAGUCAUUCGUCACAUCGGGCCACCUGGUGCGGCACGCCCGAUCUCACAGCGGGUCGAAACCGUACGAGUGUAAUGUUUGUAAGGCGAAAUUCUCAACAUCGAGCCACUUGGUACGACACAAACGGAUUCACUCGAUGGAAAAACGCUACGAGUGCGUUUCGUGCGCUGAACGGUUUAUGAGAAAGGAAAACUUGAGGGCUCAUAAGUGUAGAAUGGUAGAUAAUAAGAAAAAAUAAAUAAAUAACACAUCGUAA